GACUUUGAGAUUAAUUAAAGAAGGAUCUUAUACUGAUUCCAAUAACCCUACUAGUGUUUCAGAAGAAGAUUUUGAUAACACGAAAAACAAUUUAGAAGAAUUUCGCCUGAAAAAAAAUAAAGAAAAAAAUGAUAAAGUUGGAAGUAUAAAAGAGAAAAAUGACGAAACGAAAAAAUCGAUACAAUCUCCAAAUGAUUUUUCAACAUUUACCGAUACUAGCUGCUUAAAGAAUCUUACAAAUUCUAAAAGAAUGUUAGUUAUUGGUGUUGACCAGGAUAUUGAAGACAAAUUACACAAUAUGGAAUCUUUCGCUUAUGCUGGAUUGACUACGGCGAGUAAUAAACGUCCAAAAAUGACUAUGGAAUCAUCAAUGAAAUCCAAAAAUGCAAUUGAUAAUAUCACUUGUGAAUUAACUAAUUCUAUAAAUGCCUUUCAAGGUUUUAAGACGGCCAAUAACAAACCUGUAAAAAUAUCAGACGAGGCACUUGAAAAGAGUAAAAAACUAUUUCAAAAUAUAAAUAAUUGUGAUUCUAUGCUAUUUCAAUCUCAGAGUAAGGAAGCUAGUAAUUCGAAUACUUUAAAAGACUCGUUUCAAGGUUUUCAGACAGCCAGUAACAAUCUUGUUAAAAUAUCUGACGAGGCACUUGAAAAAAGUAGAAAAAUAUUUCAGGAUACAAAUAAUUGUGAUUCUGUUACCUCGAAAGCUAACAAUAAGCAAGCUAGUGUUUUAAAUUCUUUAAAGAAUAUAUUUCAAGGUUUUAAGACUGCCAGUAACAAUCCAGUUAGAAUAUCAGACGAGGCUCUUGAAAAGAGUACAAAAAUAUUUCAGGAUAUAAAUAAUUGCGAUUCUUAUACACCGAAAUCUAUCAUUAAGCAACCUAGUGUUUCGAAUACUUUAAAGAAUACAUUUCAAGGUUUUAAGACUGCCAGUAACAAUCCAGUUAGAAUAUCAGACGAGGCUUUUGAAAAGAGUAAAAAAAUAUUUCAGGAUAAUUGCGAUUUUAUAACACCAAAACAUAACAGUGAGCAACAUAGUGUUUCAAAUACUUUAAAGAAUACAUUUCAAGGUUUUAAGACCGCCAGUAACAAUCCAGUUAAAAUAUCAGACGAGGCACUUGAAAAGAGUAAAACAAUAUUUAAAAACAUUAAUAAUCCUAAUGAUAGUGAUUCUAUGAUAUUUGAAGCUCACAGCAAGGAAGCUAGUGUUAUGAAUACUUUAAAAAACACGUUUCAGAGUUUUAAGACAGCCAGUAACAAUCCCGUUCAAAUAUCAGACGAGGCACUUGAAAAAUGUAAAACAAUCUUUCAAGAUAUUAUUGUUAACCGCGGUCAUCAUCUACUAGAAAAGAACUCAAUUGAGAAUGCCUCGUUUAACAAGAUCGAAACUGCUAGUAAUAAUACUUUAUCAAAAGAAGAUUUAAGAAAAAGCAAAACUUUGUUUGAGGAAACAGAAAAUAACUUAAAGACUAAGAUAAAACAAAAACUCAAAGAUACAUACGCGUCCAUGCAUACUGAGCCCGUAAAAACAAAUUAUAUCAAUGUGCAUGAAUACGAAAGAAAUAAAGAGGCUAGAAAAUGUUUUGUUGAUGGAAACAAAACAACAAAAAUAAACAUUACAGAUUUUUGUAAUUUACUUAAUACUGAAGUCAUAAACAAUUUUAAUGAAACCAUGUUAACUGAAGAUUUUAUUAACAAAAGUCCAUCAAAUAAAAGAUCGGGCAGUCCAAUUUUAUCAUGCCCGAGGCCAAAAAAAAUAAAAACAAAAUUGGUCCAUGAACCAGUAUUAGAAAAAAGCUCUGAACCGAUUGAUAAAACAAAUCGUUUUGCUUUUAAUGUGAAUUAUAAAAAACAUAAGCAAUAUAAAUUAUUAGAUUUGUACGAAAUGGAUAAAGCUACAAAUGCAAUACAAUCUUAUAAGGAAGUAAAUUAUGAUAUUCACAAUAUAUCUAGUUUAGAAUUUGUUGGUGCUCGUAAUGAGCUAUCCGAUUCCAAAUGGACCCUGGACAAUAUAACCAUUUUAUUUUUAGAAUCAGUUAACAAAACAAUAAUUCCUAAUGGUUGGGUAAAUAAUCAAAUAAAACUUAUCACUUUGAAACUUCUUUCUUAUGAAAAAAGAUUUCCAAACUCUAUGCAAAAUGUUUGUUCUGUUAGUAAUGUAAUGGAACAACUAAAAUACAGAUACGACAGGGAACUGUACAAUGUUGAGAGACCGGCGCUACGAAAAAUAUUAGAAAAAGAUGAGGUGCCUUCUAGACGUAUGGUGUUGCAGGUGUUAAGUAUUUAUAAAAACGGAUCCAAUGUUACAGAUACGAGCAAUUCAGCCGUAAAUAUUGAACUACUUCUGACUGAUGGAUGGUACUGUGUAAAGGCGACCCUAGAUAAACUGCUUACGAAAUUAGUUUGUGAGGGUAAAAUAACAAUUGGAAUGAAGUUGAUCACGCAUGGAGCGGAACUUUUACAUUGCGAACAAGGCGUUGCACCUUGGGAGGACACAUCAUCAGUUCGACUAAAAAUAAGCGGCAAUUCUACCCGUCGGGCACACUGGGCCGCAAAGCUGGGUUUCCACGGCAACGGCGCCAUCUUGUCAUACCUGACAACUGUCAAGCCGGAGGGCGGCAAAAUCUCGCAACUGAGGGUAAUCGCCACCAGAGUGUAUCCUAUGUUGUACGUGGAAAAAUUCGACGAUGGUAGUACAGUGACAAGAUCAGAGCGCUUAGAAAACUUACAUCAAAUGAAGUACGAAAUGGAGAGAGAAACAAUGUUGGAAAAAAUUUACGAAGAAGUUGAAAAGGAAUUUUGUAUGCAGGCCUCCCAAUGCGAUAGUGUGGAUGAUGACGGAAAAAGUCUGGAGAGUGGGUCACAAAUAUAUCAGCUGUUAAAAAAGAGCAGGGAUCCGGCGGAGUUCAGGGCUGGUCUCACAUAUUCACAAUCUAAAAUAUUGCAAGAUUACAUCGAUAAGCGCCGCGAGGUUUCCCUCCAAGAUCUCCAGUCUAAAGUUCAAAGUCUUUUGAAGAAACGUGGCCUCAAUGUUACAAGAAACGUAGUAGCCAUGCUGAAGAUAAGAGUUGCCGAUGUUUAUAAGCAGAACGUCACGAAAGGUGUGAUAACUGUUUGGCGUCCUCACGAGUCGCUGUUACAUCUAUUGCGAGAAGGCACCUGGCUGGAUAUACAUAACGUCGUCCCCACGGCCGUAAGAUAUUCGGAAAUACAAAUAUCAGCAGGAAAGCAAUCUAUGUUUCGAAAAACUUCAAAGGUUGACGAUAAAAUGUUAAACAUAGCCAAGACGUUUGAGAGAAAGUGCUACCUAAUACAGGAGCUGACUCAGAACCCUUACUUGACAACGGACUAUAACGAAAUCGAUACGGUCGGCUUUGUGUUCGAUGUAGAACCCUCAGUCGAGGAGUUCGACUGCAAGAAAGAAUUAUUUCAAAACGUAUUUCUAGCUGAUGCAAACCAGAAAAUCAUUUGCAUAAAUUUUUGGGGUGGCUUAAAAAAGUUUGGAUUCGAUAGUAUUUUGGAGACGGGACAGGUCGUCGCUUGCAUCAAUUUACAAAAAAGAUCUGGCAACACCAGAAAGAACAUUCCUCAGUAUCGAGCCACUGAGUUCACGUAUUUCACGAAAACACCAAAAAUAGACGUAUGCAGGAAAGCGUGCGAAGAUUUAUCGAAGCAAUUUUUGUCUUUAGAUCGCAGGAAAUUCGUCCAGGACUGUAUAAUUUUGAGAAACAACCUCGUCAAUAUUAAGUAUGGCAACAUCGAAAAUAUAUCGCCGUAUCGUUUCAAUAACUCCGACUAUAAUCAGUCUAAGAAUAAAAUAUUCAUAAACGGGGACCCGAACUUGAAUCUCAACGGACUGGACUUCAACUCGACGUUUCAACAGUCUGAUGCGACGUUGUCACCGAAAGCGUUACUUAGGAAAAAGGAAGUAAACGAACGAAUCGCAAAGUUACGAAAGUACGGUGAACCACCACCUUCGGGUCCAAUUCACAUUGUCAAUAAAACCAGGGACGCUAUGAAGCCUUAUAGGAGUCCGUUAAUUUCGAAAGCUGAAAGUAGUAAUCCAGCAAAGAGUGAUCAUCAGGUCGCCGUCAGACCUCAAACUGUCUCUACUUCAGCUGUUGAUGAUUAUGGAGAUGAAAAUACUAGCGAUAACAGAUGCACCAGUCCAGUUUUGCCAUUUAAAAGAAGGACUGUAAAUCCCGUUAGAUUAAACUUCUCCAAGCAAAAGAAUGCGUCAAAAGACGAUCCAUUCGGAGAAGAUUUCGAAACUAGUCCACCCUUAAGUUUAGACUAGAUUUGAAAUGUAAUACUUCUUAGUCAUAUCCUCAUGGCUGAUGGGAUAGGGCUCUCCACAUGUCUCUGUUUUUGGCCUUGGUUUUUAUAAAACUUGAUUACAUUUGCGGUAUUGCUACUCAACUAAACUAACGAAUGUAAGAAAUAUAAAUUGAACAUAAAGGAUAUAUUUUUAAGUGGAACUAUUAUAGUCUAUCAAAAAAGCGAAGAAAUUAAAAAGUGGCAACAUCGUAGUAUCAUCC